AUGGGUGUUCAAAUGUCAACAUUCCCACAAUAUCCAGAUGUGCACGUGCUCCUAGCGUAUUUUCCAGACGUCGCAAAGACGAAACUCGCUUCGGUGAAAGAAAAUCUCGUCAGCCGGAACCCAGAAUACGAUUUCUGUUUCUUGAGUACUGCCAACCUUGUUUCGCUCCAACAGCUCCAAAACGGAGUCUAUACGGCGGUGAGAAACCAGAAACAGGAACAGAUGAAGGCCAGCACCAUCUACACAGAAAUAAUGUUGAGCUUGUCGCCUGUCAACAACAUAAACGAGGCGUUGAAACGGUUUGGCGUCGACGAGACUAGAAACGAUAUCAUUGUAUUGAAAGUAGUGCAGGCAGAACAAUUGCAGGAGAGCGAGAAGGAAUUCAGUGCCAAAUUGGAGUCGAUUUUGGACUCGAAGCCGGGCGCUUUGACGGACGAUGUGCUCUACAAUGGCUUCGACGCUACGAAAUUUAAGAAACUCUUCAAACUACUGGGCGUAGAAUCACAGGAAGAACUUACGCAGGGCGCGAUCGAGGGCGCGCUCUUUCGCGGGUUGUAA